ACAGCCACUCUCUCUCUGUUACUCGGGCUCCACACUUUGGAGAGAAUCGCGGCGGAAUCGUGGAAGUGAAGAUGCGGGUGGUCGCUGCCGCGGGACUCGGUGUGCUGUGCGCGCUGUUGGCCGCUCUGGUGCGCGGCGGCGGCGGCGCGUCGUUGGAGCAGGAGACGCUGGUGCAGCAGGUCAAACCCGAGUCUGUCCUCCUCAAGCCGAAGGUUCUGAUCGCCAUCGUGGCGCGUAACGCGGCGCACAGUCUGCCGCACUACCUGGGCUGCAUCGAGAGGCUGGACUACCCGAAGGAGCGCAUAGCGAUCUGGGCAGCAACAGACCACAACGUGGACAACACCACUGCCAUGUUGAGAGAAUGGUUGAAAGGAGCUCAGCGAGUCUACCACUAUGUGGAGUGGAGGCCGAUGGAGGAGCCGAGAUCCUACACAGACGAGUGGGGUCCAAAGCACUGGCCUCCCUCCAGAUUCAACCAUGUGAUGAAGCUGAGACAAGCGGCGCUCAAGUCUGCCAGGGAACGAUGGGCCGACUACAUCCUGUUUGCCGACAGUGAUAACCUGUUAGCCGAACCCUCCGUCCUCAACCUGAUGAUGGCUGAGAACUUGACGCUGGUGGCUCCUAUGUUAGAGUCUCGCUCCCUCUACUCCAACUUCUGGUGUGGCAUCACUCCACAGGGUUACUACAAGCGAACGCCAGACUAUCAGCCGAUCAGGGAGUGGAAGCGACUGGGCUGCUACCCUGUUCCCAUGGUGCACAGCACCUUCCUGUUAGACCUGCGGCGUGAGACCAGCAGAGACUUGGCCUUCUACCCUCCUCACCCGGACUACAGCUGGGCAUUCGAUGACAUCAUGGUGUUUGCGUUCUCGGCACGUCAAGCAGGUGUGCAGAUGUAUGUGUGUAACAGAGAACACUACGGUUUUCUGCCGGUCCCUCUCAAGGCUCAACAAAAUGUUCAAGAAGAAAGUGACAGUUUCAUACACACAAUCACUGAGGCUUUGAUCGACCAUGACAUUGACACGUCAGAGUACCUGAACUCCUUGUCGUCACCAUGUGAUAAGAUAGGCUUUGAAAAAAUUUUCCUCAUCAACCUGAAGCGACGGCUGGACAGAAGGACCAGGAUGUUGAAAACAAUGACCGCCAUCGGUCUCCAGGCGACACUGACGGAU